AUGCGACGAAGAGUGGCAGCCAACGAAGCUCCAGGAGCCAAUAUCGAGACGUCAAUAACCACAUUUAAAGGGAAAAUGGCUGACGAGCAUCACGAUGAUGAGCACUUUGCGUCGGCCGAGUCUGGAGCCGCCGCUACUUUUCCAAAGCAGUGCUCUGCUCUUCGUAAGAAUGAGCACGUCAUGAUUAAGGGCCGCCCCUGCAAAAUCGUCGAAAUGAGUACCUCAAAAACUGGUAAGCACGGCCACGCCAAAGUACAUCUUGUUGCUCUGGACAUCUUUACCAACAAGAAGCUUGAAGAUAUCUGCCCUUCUACCCAUAACAUGGACGUCCCAGUCGUAAAGCGUCGUGAAUUCAUUCUCAUGUCAAUUGAAGAUGGAUUCUGCAGCCUGAUGGAUCCUGAAACUUGUGAUCUCAAGGAUGACCUGAAAAUGCCAGAAGGUGAUCUUGGAAACCAGAUCAAAGAAGCUCUUGAUAAGGAUGAAGGAUCGGUCCUUGUGUCGGUUGUAUCUGCUUGUGGAGAGGAGGCAAUUCUUGGAUUCAAAAUCUCCACCAAGGAUUAA